ACCGUGCCAGAGCCGGGAGCAGCCGGCGGGAGCGGGACACCGGGACAACACCGGGACAACACCGGGAACGACACCGGGACAACACCGGGACAACACCGGGACAACACCAGGAACGACACCAGGAACGACACCGGGACACCGGGAACAACACCGGAACGGCACCAGGACGCCGGGAACGACACUGGGAACAACACCGGGACGACACCGGGACGACACCGGGACGACACCGGGACACCGGGACUGAGACCAGGAAACUGGGACCGACACCGAGAGCGGGACACUGAGACCGGGACACCGGGACACUGAGACUGGGACACUGACACUGGGACACCGGGACACCGGGACAUCAGGACACCGGGACUGAGCCUGGGACAUCAGGACUGAGACCAGGACUGACAGUAGGACACCAGGACCAACACCGGGACCAACAACGCAACCAGCACCGGGACCAACACCAGGACAUCAGGACUGACACCAGAAGUGACACCAGGACACCAGAGUGACACCAGGAGUGACACCGGGACCAGCACCAGGACCAACACCAGGAGUGACACCGGGACCAACACCGGGACCAACACCAGGACCAACACCAGGAGUGACACCAGGAGUGACACCAGGAGUGACACCGGGACCAGCACCAGGACCAGCACCAGGACACCAGGACCAACACCAGGACCCACACCAGGAGUGACACCAGGAGUGACACCGGGACCGACACGUGGACGAGGACACCGGGACUGACCCCACCAGGAUGCGGGUGGCCCCGGUGACCCUGGUGGCCCUGACCUGGGUGACCCUGGUGGGUGCUGGGACACCGGUGACGGGACGGGUGUCCCGGCUGGUGACCGAUUUUGGGCUACGGCUGUACCGGGAGGCGGUGGGACGCCGAGGGGACACCAACGCCAUCUUCUCACCCUACGGGGCCACCGCGGUCCUGGUGGCCCUGCAGCUGGCCACCACCGGGCACAGCCGUCACCAGCUUGAGGUGGCCAUGGGCUUCAGCAUCAACGACCCAGGGGUGGCGGCGGAGCUGCGGGUGCUGCGUCGGGCGCUGAGGGGACCCGGCCCCACCCUGGCCAUGGCCGAGGGGCUUUUCGUGGGGCGGGGGUUGACCUUGACCCCCGGCUUCGUCACCCAUUUCGUCCGCACCCUGGGGCCCCGGCGCCUGGCCAGGGUGGACUUCCAACGGGGGGAGGGUGCCCGCGCCCUCCUCGACACGUGGGUGCAGGAGCAGACGCAGGGGCUGGUCCGGGGGCUCCUGCCGCCGGGUGCGGUGGGUGCUGGCACCCGGUUGGUGCUGGCCGGCGCCCUCUGCUUCAAGGGUGCCUGGGGGACGCCCUUCCCCCCCGCCGCCACCCGGCCCCGGCCCUUCCACCGCGCCGAUGGCAGCGCCGUCACCGUCCCCAUGAUGGAGCGGACGGCCAAGUUCAACUACGGGGACUUCGAGACACCGGGGGGGGUUCCCUACGGGGUGGUGGCGGUGCCGUACGCGGGGGGGGCCAUGGCCAUGCUGCUGGCGGCCCCCACCCAGCGGGACGUCCCCAUCGCCACCCUCACCCGUCACCUGGACGCGCAACUCGUCACCUCCUGGGUCACCAACAUCAGCCCCGUGCCCCGCGUCCUCGUCCUGCCCCGCUUCUCCCUGGAGACCUCGUGGGACCUGCGGGCGCCCCUGAAGUCCUUGGGGGUCCGCGCCCCCUUUGACCCCGCCGCCGCCGACUUCACCCCGCUCUCAGCCGAGGAACCCCUCGUCCUGGGUCAAGCCCUGUAA